AGCAGAAGAAGAAGAAGAAGAAAGGGAAGAACCCACGUUUAUCAAAGCCUCACAUUACAUUUGCAGCGAAGGCAGGCAGCAGGUUCCCUCCAUCCGAGAAAAUGAAAGGACUAAACAACGAGCCAAUGGCACCACAGACGUUUCUUUAUGGGUGUAUUCUGGAAGCUGGCAAGGAGGUGGUCUUCCAUCCUGAUGACGACGAGUUGGAGCAUCAACUAGAUCUGAGGAUGGCAUGUGUGGACCCCAGUUCCAAGGAUGAACUCCACUUGGUGGAGGUUGAAGGACAAGAUUCAGAGGGUCAGAUGGUCAAGGCAGCACUAGUUUCGCUGAAGCCGUCCACCCUGCCCAGCGUGUGUCUUGGCGGGUUCACAGUCACACCCCCAACAGUGUUUCGUCUGAAGACCGGUUCCGGUCCAGUUCACCUCAGUGGACAACACCUCAUCAUGAUGGAGAAUGACCAGUCUUUUGAUGAAGAUGAUGAUGAAGAUGAAGAGGAGGAAGAGGAUGAAGCAUUUCCAGUGUCCAGGAAAAGAUCCAUGCAAUUACCUGUUGCUAAGUCUCAGAAAAAACAAAAAAUGGAAGCAGGGGAUGACGAGGACGAUGAGGAGGACGAUGAGGAUGAUGAAGAGGACGACGAGGAGGAUGAAGAGAGUGAAACUGAGGAAUCACCAGUGAAGGCCAAACAAACCCAACCCAAAGCAACUGUGGCCAAACAAAAGGGCCCGGCUCAAAAUGGCAAGAACUCUGCUCAGAGCACACCUGCCCCGAAGCAGAAGGGCCCCAAGGGGAAAGCCGAGAAGUCACCGAAAACUCAGGCAACUCCCAAAGUGAAUUUAACCCUUCCUCAGCUGAAAACUAAGCUGAUGGAGGCAAUGAAGAAGGGUAUCACGUUACCUAAAGUGCAGCCCAAGUUUGAGAACUUUGUGAAGCACUCCAACAAAGUGUCUGACCCCCAGAUCAUUGCAGAUCUGUGGAAGUGGAGACAGACUCUGAAGGACGAAAAGUAGUUGACUCUGUAGUUUUUACCAAUUUUAUGACCUGUUCAUCCCCAUAACCUCUCAUAUUCUCAAAGUCUAAGUCUGUGCCUCAGUUUUCCUUGGAAUCACUCUGCCUUCCUGAAUGUAGAGGUUGAGUAUUAACAUCGCCCUCUACUUUAGACAAACUGAAGCCUGUUCAAAGAUUACUGGAGAUGAACGUUUCUGGACUGUUAGGAUGUGAGUGUUUCAGGCAUUUGUUUUUGCUUAUAUCUGGUUCAAAUUGAAUUGUUCUCUUAGGUGUAAAAAGCAUCACAUCAUACAAAAUACAUACCUUGUCAAAUGACUGUUUAAAUAAUCUACCCUUUUAUUCCUGAAAGUUGACACUACCAUGAUCAACGUAUUCAGAACUUGUUACGUUUAACCGUCCAGUUAAUUUUUUUGUUUUGUUUUGUUUUUUCCCCUCCAUGACUAACAAGUGGGAUAAAAUGCAUUUCAAGUUUGUCAAGUUGUUAAAACUUGACAGUCCGUUAGGCCAAAGGCUGUGUACCGCUGAAGAGGUGCUUUAUGCAUUAGGGAGUCUGCAAAUGACUUGUGUAAUCUUUCUCUGAAAUUCCAGUGUGUGCUCAUAAUUCAGUGGUACAAGGUACAAAUUCAGGGCUCAUUUGACUAAAGUAAGAUCAUGAAGGAGUAGGAGUGGUAAAUGAGAUCAUUCCAUUCCCUUGUAGUUAUAUAUUUUUUUUAAUCUAUUUUUUUUAACCUCUGGUUUGAUUGUUCAUGUCUCCAAAAUUGAUUAAAACAACAAGGCGUUUUACUGUUUCUGUCAGAAAUGUUCCCAGGUUUCAGGAUGCAUGCAGUGUUUGAUCCUUUUUUCCUUUUUUUAUUUUUGAAGCAACAUAAUAAAACAAUAAAAUACAAUUAACAUUU